AUGACCGAUGCUGCGGCCUUGCCGGAAGGGACGGGCACCUGCUCGCAGUUCAAUGUCAUGAAGGCAGGCCCUGUUGGCAGAGCAUGCCCGAUUCGAUUCACCCGUCGAGACUUUUUCUUUGCUGUGCAUGGGUUUGGUUUCAUUGACAUGGGUGGCGUCACGGUUUUCGUCCACAGUUCCGACUGCGAGCCCGGAAAGCAGCCGAAGGAAGGUGACGUUCUUACGUUCAACUAUGAGCCAAGGAAAAACAACCCGGAGCAGAUGCAAGCUCGAAGUGUCAAGGGCUGUUCUGCAGCACGGACGGACGUGUGGGGUCAGCCUGCCUUCGCCGGGCCAGUCGAAGGCACAGGUGCAUACACAGGGUCGGUGAAGAACUUUGGCUCGAAGGGCUAUGGCUUCAUCGUCAUGGAAGACGGUGUGGAGAUGUUCUUCAACAUCAAAGACUGCGUGGGCAGCAAGCCAGUUGCAGGAGAUACAGUUAAGUUCGACAUCGAGGAAAGCCCUAUCAAACCGGGCAGCAAGCAGGCCAAGAACGUGACCGGAGGAAGCCAGCCUUUGGACCCACCGAUGGGCAUGAAGGGUGGAUGGGGUCCCAUGUGGGAUGGAGGCAAGGGCUGGGGCGGUGGAUGGGGCUGGAAUGGCGGCUGGGAUGGCGGCAAGGGCGGUUGGGGAGGUGGUGGCAAAGGUGGUCUCAAGGGUGGAAUGAUGGCUGCCGGGCCAUACGGACAUUGCCAGAACGCGGGCUAUCGCGGCGCAGGUUUCUGCCAAGCGCCGUCGACGGCUGCCGUUGCCCGCAUGCGUCGGUCCUCAAGCUCUUCGGGGAAUCGAGUCGCGAUGGUGGCCGGGCCCUUUCAAGGGUUUGGCUUCAUCGACAUGGGCGGCGUCACGGUUUUUGUCCACAACACCGACUGCGAGCCCGGAAAGCAGCCGAAGGAAGGUGACGUUCUUACGUUCAACUAUGAGCCCAGGAAAAACAACCCGGAGCAGAUGCAAGCUCGAAGUGUCAAGGGCUGUUCUGCAGCACGGACGGACGUGUGGGGUCAGCCCAAGUUCGCGGGCCCGGUCGAAGGCACUGGUGCUUACACUGGGAGUGUCAAAAGUUUCGGCGCGAAAGGCUAUGGCUUUAUCGUCAUGGAAGACGGUGUGGAGAUGUUCUUCAACAUCAAAGACUGCGUGGGCAGCAAGCCAAUGGCAGGAGAUACAGUUAAGUUUGACAUCGAGGAGAGCCCUAUCAAGCCUGGCAGCAAACAGGCCAAGAAUGUCACCGGGGGAAGCCAGCCCUUGGAUCCACCGAUGGGCAUGAAGGGUGGAUGGGGUCCAAUGUGGGAUGGGGGCAAGGGCAUGUGGGGCGGAGGCGGUGGAUGGGGCUGGGACGGCGGCAAGGGCGGUUGGGGAGGUGGUGGCAAAGGUGGUCUGAAGGGAGGCAUGAUGGCUGCUGGACCAUAUGGAGGAAAGGAUGCACUGGUGCUUGCUCACCCUGUCGCUGUUGAAGUGGUCCUUGGCCCAGAGCUUCGGUUAUGUGUCUUGGAGGCGUCGCAAGCACGCCAGGAAGCCGGCAUCGAGCAGGCUGUGGAUUCAGAGAGGCAGAACCUACAGCUUGACGGUGGACAUCGGGGCCUGUUGGAUCCGUAUGGCCUCGCCAUUUGGCCUUCUGCUCUUGUCCUAGCUCAAGGAGUUGCAAGCUACGCCGCUGAAGCCUCCACUGGUUCCCGAAGACUUCUGGAGCUCGGGGCUGGCUGCGGGUUGGUUUCACUCGCCGCAGCACGUUUGGGCUUCGAGGUGAUUUCCACCGAUUUCCGAUCAUCGCCACUAUGCCUGGUGGCUGCAUCUGCGAGGCGGCAGGUCCUCUACGACGCCAGAACCGCGAAGGCCAUGGCGGAGCGGGUGGCAGAAGCGCACCUGCGCGGAAGUGUUGUUCUGUUAGCAGAUGUUGGCCGCCCAAACCGAAGCCUUUUUCUCAAUCGACUGCUGCAGCUGCUUCCAAGUCUUGCUGCACGGCUGCCAGGAUUUGACUUCCCCAUUGAAGGGCUGGCUGUACAAGAGACGGAUGGUGCAGAGGUGGAGCAUCGCCACGUGCCCGUACAGUCCGCGCUCAGUUCCCAGCACUCGGCACAGAUGCUGCCAUUGCACUGGCUGUGCCAGUGCAGAUCGCAUAGAGGCCUUAUGGCUCCAAAGAAGAGCGCGAAACGAGUGAUUCAAGUGCCAGAAGAGGACGAGCCGCCGGCCAAGAAGCUGCUCACAUCUCUCAAGAGGCACGGUAUCAAGGAAUCUACAUAUCGCCAUGUAGCAGAUGUGUUCUCUCAUUCCGCAGCCGCACAUUUAUCGCAGGAUUGCAAGGACAUGUUCAUGGCCUCACUCCCUUUCAGUCUGGUGAUGGCAUCAGAUGAGAGAAAUACCUUCCAAGAAGCCGUCGUGGGACUGGUGGACAAGGUGGUGACCGAGAUGCUGGCUGGCAUGCAGGAGUCGCUUGACAAAGCGAACGAGAAGCUAGAGUUAAUGGACGCGGAAAAGGCACGACUUGAUCAAGCAAUUCGGUUAGCGGAGGACCAGUUGAAGGCUGCGCAGGCCUGCGCUUGUGAGAAGCAGGCUGUGGUUGCUGCCGCCUCUGCUGCUGUUUCAGCCGCGCAGGAGAAGCUGAGUGCGGCCAAAGAAGCCGAAGCAGCUGGACAGCGAGCGAGACAAGCUGCGACUGAUGACAAGGCCAUGCUCCAGCAAGCUAUAAGUACUGGGUGCUUCGCGAGGCUCAAGGCUGGCGAGUGGGAGGAUGGUGAAGCAGAGCGGCUGUUCAGUUCACUCGAGCCACUGGUGCUGAAGAAGCUGAAGACCGACUCAUCUUUGCGAACGGCAAUGCGAUGUACUCUUCUGAAGAAGCCGGGGAACCGCGGGCAAUUUGAUGCCAUGCUUCUUGAGGAGCUUGAAAGAGCUUUUUCUGCGCGAAUCUCGGAACUUGACUCGAACCUUUCUGGAGCGGGUGCGGUGACAACAGAGCUCGCAGAGAAUGUGGCGACAGCAAAUGCUGAAGUGGAGACCGCGAUGGCCUCACAGCAGCAUGCAUCCACUGCGCUGUCCUCAUCCUCCUCUGAAGAAAAGAUGCGGGCUGCUGCCCUGCAAGCGGCCAAGGUGACUCUGCAGGAGUUCAAGCCAAAGCAUGCUCAGGCAUGCAGCGGAAGGAAUGCUGAGCAGCAGCAGAUGCAGCAAUUUGUGGAUAAGAAUGUCGCGGCAUUUCAAGAGCUCAAGGACAGGGUGUCUGUGAAGCCGCAGAAGGAGAUGGCCACUGCUAAGCACCUCCAGGCCAAUGCGACAGCUGUGUUGGGCUGCGAAGCUAGCCCUGAGGUGGGUGGCGCUUAA